GCUUGCUUGUCAUGGAACACGUUUGGAAGCAUGUGAAGUUAUUGUACCUGCUGCUGCUGCUUCAUCAUUAUCUUCUUCCCGUCAAUUCAGAACACCAAAUAAACUUUCCUAAUAUUGUUAAAAGAUUUGGUUUUGGUGGUGGAGGACAUGGAUCUGGUGGUGGAGGACAUGGAUCUGGUCAUGCAAGCAGCAUGGGAGCGCACGGUGGUAGUAAUGGUGAGCAUGGAAAUUUGCCACACCAAGAAGAUGGAAGUAUAGUCCCUUUAUAUGGUGCUGCUGCAGGUUCUGCUCGUGACAGAAACAAUAAUCAUUACCAUAGUAAAAGUAAUGCCAUAUCAACUUAUGUAUGCUUUUAUAAUUGUCUUCUCUUUUUUUCUACAAUUAUAGGAAUUUUUCUGUGUACCUAACAUAACCAUAUCAUAUUGUCAUUAUUUUAUGUAACC